GCAUUAAAUACCCUUGCUAGCUCUUAUAAUGAUCUUAAUCAAUAUGCUAUUUCUCAUAAUCAAUGGGCUACUUUGGAUAAAAUUGUUAAAUUCCUUGAACCAUUUAAAGACCUUACAAUUAAAAUGUUAUCUUAUAGCUUCCUGGAUUAUUCCUCUUUUCAACAUUAUCCUUAA